AAAGACAGAAAGUGGGACGUCAGUAUAAGCCUAUUGGUUUGUGUUGGGUUGUGGUUUUGGGUGUGAGGGGGGUAUGGUGUUUGAGAGGGUGGAGGAUUGCAGAGGGUUCCCUUCUCAUCCACAUCCUCUCUCUCUCUCUCUCUCUCUCUCUCUCUCUUGUUGGUAUUGACAAGGAAGGUCGCUGUUAAGACAUGGAGAAGAUGAGCUGCCUGAAGGUCUGGUGCAGUUUUACUUAGCUCCCUACAACUGUUUUCUUCACAUCUUUUUCUUCUUCUUGGAAAAGAAUUAUUGUCUCUUGCUUGUCAAGAAAAGUAUACAAGGAAGCAUCAACAAGCGACGGAAGAUAGAUGGGUUUUAAAGGAGAAUAUCUGAAAUUUUAAAGUCAUCCUUUACCUACUUUUAUCUUUCAUUUUAUUGGUUAGCUUUUUCAAAGAUCAGGCUUGCUUUUAGAUCUAAGAAAAUGCUACAUAUUUGUGAUUCAAGAAAGAUCUGUGGAUCAUAAAGAAACCUUAGAGUUACAGUCAUCGUUACCCACGAAACCCUCGAAUUAAUUACAUACAGGGAGAAGAUGAUGAAGGGCUUGAUAAUCCAGCAACAUCCAGCCGUGGAGGAGAACAUGUCUAAUUUGACUUCUGCAUCUGGUGAAGCAAGUGUUUCUUCAGGCAACAGAGCAGAAACGGGCACCUUAUACCCUCAACAAUCCUUUGCUUCACCAAAUCAAACUCAAGUGGUGAAGAAAAAGAGAAACCUUCCGGGCAAUCCAGACCCGGAUGCAGAAGUAAUAGCUUUAUCUCCUAGGACUCUCAUGGCAACAAAUAGAUUCGUCUGUGAGAUUUGCAACAAAGGAUUUCAGAGAGACCAGAACCUACAGCUUCACAGGAGAGGGCAUAAUCUACCAUGGAAGCUCAAGCAAAGAACAAGCAAAGAGGUAAGAAAGAAAGUUUAUGUGUGCCCAGAACCUUCAUGUGUGCACCACGACCCAUCAAGGGCUCUUGGGGACCUCACAGGGAUCAAGAAGCACUUUUGCAGAAAGCAUGGGGAGAAGAAGUGGAAAUGUGACAAGUGUUCAAAGCGUUACGCAGUUCAAUCGGAUUGGAAAGCUCACUCCAAGACUUGUGGCACAAGAGAGUAUAGAUGUGACUGUGGAACCCUUUUCUCAAGGAGGGAUAGUUUCAUCACUCACAGAGCUUUCUGUGAUGCUUUAGCAGAAGAGAGUGCAAGAGCAGCGAACACACUGCUCUCGACUCAGCCUGGCCCUUCAACAUCACAUAUAAACUUACAACCCCAAUUUAACAGCCAUGAUCUUCAGGCAUUUUCCCUAAAAAGAGAGCAGCAGCAACAACAACUGCAUUUCAAUCAAAGGUCAGAAGUACCACCUUGGUUAGCUUGUUCAUCAGUCGUCCUAGGAGCUGGGCCGGGUCCACCACCUAUUGAUCUCUCUUCAUCAAUCUUUUCUACGAGGUUGGAUCAAGAAUUCUCACGGACACAACCUUCAACACACCAAGAAAACUUUAAUUCGAGUCCUACUCCUUCCCUUCCGCCUUACCAUCCUUUGGCAUCCCCACAUAUGUCUGCAACUGCAUUACUGCAAAAGGCAGCUCAAAUGGGUGCAACGAUGAGCAAACCUUCAUCGUCAGCAACGCUCAGACCCCACCAAGCUCACAUGCUUGCAGCUAAUACUGGUAACGCUACUAAAUCUGUUCCUACAACUACAACUGGUUUUGGUCUUGGUUUGUCUUCACGUGAAGAGAUGGAAAGUGGAUUUGUUCAUGUCAUGGAUGCUUUUGCCAAUAAAGCUGGUUUUGCUUCUAGCCUUAUUGACAGCGUAUGUGCGACUGCAGGAUCUGGAGGUCCUUCUCUACUUCAAGAUAUGAUGAAUUCUUUUUCUUCUACAACCGGAUUUGAUGGAUCUUCCUUCCAAGAUGCCUUUGGGAUGUUGAGUUCCAAGAGAAACGGAAAUCUGAAUGAAGCUCUAAUGAAAACAACGUCAUCAACAACCCAUAUUGGCAGAAAUGAAGGUGGUGGCAGCCAUGGCGGAGGUGUAGCAGGUGGGAAUGAUGGCUUGACAAGAGAUUUCUUGGGACUUAGAGCCUUCUCUCAUAGAGAUAUUCUCAACAUCGCGGGGUUUGAUCAUUGCAUGACUUCUUCUCCAUAUGAUCAGACGAUUCAGAAUCAAAAACCUUGGCAAGGUUAGCUUUCCAGGAACGGAACUAAUUACUUCAAUCGUUCUUACUUUUUAUCCUUUUUCUAUCUGUAUUAAAUUAUACCAAAGGUGGGUUUUCCUCCUUCUCCGGCCCACUUGUUUCUUCUCUCUUUAAUUCUCCGAUAGUCCGAUAUUCCUCCCAAAGGGAGCUAGCUCUCUUCUCAUCAUAAACCUAAUAUUUCCGUGUAGCCAUGCAUCUUAAUAUAUUAAUUUGUAUUUCUUAUC